AUGAGUGGCAAUGGUGAUGACAGAUGGCGUGGAGGUCCCAGUCGCCAGUCAUCGCAACGCCACUCGGGCAAUGGAAACCGUGAACGGACAGGCGGACAAGGAGGGACACGCGGCAACGCUGCAUGGAGUGGCUCGGGCCCGGCGCAAGAACAGCAUGUUCCCGUCCGGGGCUUUAAUGCUGCCGACUCCAAGAACAUCCUGAAGAGAGGCCCUGGAGUUUCCAAAGUCCCCGUCUACAAACCAGCUGGAAAAGAGUCGAACAACCAGCGAUCCGGCGGCCCCUGGGGCUCGAAGUCGAACGCAAUGGCGAGUGGGAAAGAUUUCUUUCUCGAGCUUCGAAAACAAGUCGCUUCGUUGCAGCGAGGCGGUCCUCCUGUGGGUGGCUGA